GACGUUUGGACUUUCGACGAGUGCAGACGUGCACAUCGCGCAUUUCUCGAUAUUCAUAAAUUAACAAUAUUUUAAAUAGUGACCUAGUAUAGUGACUCACUGUGCUAUGCUCAAUCAGCGAAUAGUUUCACUAUAAUGACAAUUUUACUAGUGGCUAGUGUUCGCACAUACUAAUAAAAUGUCAGCAGAAAGCAGCCCCUUCAGCCGGAGCGGAAUUACGCGCCGCUCCCCUCAACCACCGUCAACACCCCAGAAUGUAUCCCAGGACCAAGGGGACGCUCCUGUAGUCAUCUCUACGUCAGACCUGCAGGGCUGGAUGAGUGCAAUCGAGCAACAUUUGAAUGAGGUAUGCCACAUCGCUAGUGAAGGAAAAUUAAACUCAGACCAAAAAUUAAGAAUAAACAACAUUUGCCGAAAAGUUGGACAUGGAGUCGCGCAAAUGGCUGUUAAGUAUCAGUCCUUAAAGCAAAAAGCUAUAGAAACACAUUCUGCAAUUCAACAGCUGAAGAAAGAACGAGACCUAACGGACUGCCUUCUUGAGAUGAAGCAGUCCGUGGAAGCUUGCACGAAACAUCAGCCAGCAAGUACCUCCUUUGCUGACAUGGUAAAGAAGGGGUCAAACAAUUUCAUUCGCCCAAACCCCUUCAGCUCCGUCGCAAUUUUCCCUAAUGACGCAUCAAAAACAAGUGACGACACCAAGACACUGGUACAAAAUAUUAUCUGCCCUGAAGAAAUGAAGUUAAAAGUUCGAAGUGUCCGCAAAACUAGAAACGGAGGAGUCAUUAUUAGCACCGAAACUAAACAGGAUAUGGAAAAGCUCAAGAGUUCGGUCAACCUGGUUAACUCGGGUCUCACUGUCGACGAAACCAACAAACGCAAACCGCGCAUUAUUAUUAUUGGCGUGCCCUGUUCCAUGGCUGAAGCGGACGUUCUCAAGUGCAUCUAUGAACAAAACCUGGCUGACAAACUUCCAACAAUGUCACGUGAUACUUUUCUGACCUCAAUAAAAUUGAGCCAUAAGUCCGGAAGAAAAAAUUUUUCUCUGUAUUCUAGCAAACCGUUGCAAUUAUCUGAGUUAUUUCCACCGUUGUUGUCGAAUGACUUAUUUAGGGAUGAACUAUUAUCCAGAUGCGAAAGACCCAUAGGGCUACUGUCACAGAUCCAUGCACCACGAUUUAUAUUCACAUUCCGUGCAGUAAUCGGCAAUAACGACUCGUUCUUCAUAUCUCGGAGCAGUUCAUCUUUACAGUUAGUUAACUGA